GCAGUUUCCAGGAUGUGGGAACAUAGUGACAUUCUCCCAGUUCCUAUUUAUUGCAGUGGAAGGCUUCAUCUUCGAAACCAACUUUGGGAGGAAGAAGCCAGCCAUACCAUUAAGGUACUAUUUCACCAUGGUGGCCAUGUUCUUCACUGUCAGUGUGGUGAAUAACUAUGCCCUGAACUUAAAUAUCGCCAUGCCACUGCACAUGAUCUUCAGAUCAGGUUCUCUCAUAGCAAGCAUGGCUCUAGGUAUCAUCAUUUUGAAGAAAAGAUACAGCAUAUCUAAAUACACAUCCAUAGCCCUGGUGUCUGUGGGGAUCUUCACCUGCACUUUCAUGUCUGCCAAGCAAGUGGCAUCUGACUCCAGCUUAAAUGAAGAGGAUGGACUCCAGGUUUUCUUGUGGUGGCUGCUGGGUAUUGCUGCUCUCACCUUCGCCCUCCUCAUGUCUGCCAGGAUGGGGAUUUUCCAGGAGACCCUGUACAAGCAGUUUGGGAAGCACUCCAAAGAGGCCCUUUUUUAUAAUCAUGCGUUACCACUCCCAGGCUUUCUGCUCCUUGCCCCCAACAUCUACCACCAUGCAGUCCUCUUCAGCCAGUCCGAGCCGUUCCAGGUCCCAGUGAUCGGGCUGACCCUGCCAAUCAUGUGGUUCUACCUCCUCAUGAACGUCAUCACUCAAUACGUCUGCAUCCGCGGCGUGUUCAUCCUCACCACGGAGUGCACGUCCCUCACGGUCACGCUGGUGGUGACCCUCCGCAAGUUCGUCAGCCUCAUCUUCUCCAUCCUCUACUUCCACAACCCCUUCACAGCCUGGCACUGGCUGGGCACUGCCUUUGUCUUCGUGGGGACUCUCAUGUACACCGAGGUGUGGAACAGCCUCGGGCCCUUCCUGGCUCGCUGGAGGAAGAGGCCAAAGGAGGAGUAA